ACCAAUCAUAUCCACCCUCCAAAAAAACGAGGGCGGGAUUUCUUCUCUACAUUUCCUGUUUAGGUAGAAUGCAGUGACUGUGGCUGGUUUGCAGUUUUUAGGUUUAUAUUACUUCAGUGUUUUACUGUUACGUCAGAUACAGUUCCCGACGAGACCUUCUUAAUUUCCAACGAAAUAUAAUGUCGUUUCAUCCCGGCCGAGGUUGUCCCCGUGGAAGGGGUGCAUCUGGACAGCGUGGAACACCUCAUAAUUACAGGCCACAGAAUCUCAGACCAAUUGCACCUCCGCAGCCCAUGCCUCCUUUUCAUUAUGAUCCACAAGCUGCUCCCUCCCCUGGCUAUUCUAACUCUGGUAGUGCAGGUUACAUGCCUCCCAGACCUGAUUUUAUACCUUAUCCACCCCCAAUGCCCCCACUGGGACAGAAUCCUACAAACCAGUGCCCAUUGAGACCCCCGUUUCCUAACCCUCCAGUUAGACAAGCCUUCCCAGGGCCCCCUAACUUUCCUCCCCCUCCAAUCCUAAUCCCUACCAAGAGCUCAUUGUCUGGAUCAGCAGCUUCAGGUCAAAGCACCUAUCAUUACAUGAUGCCUCCUCCACCAUUACCACACACCCCUGUUCCACCCUCCAUGCCACAGCAAAUGAGCUACCAGCCCCCUUAUUCCAUUAACUAUUCCCAGCCACCCUUUCCUCCACCCAAUUUUAAUGCCGGAUAUCAACAGCACUCCAGCUCUUUCAACACCGAUCAGUUCAGACAUGCAAGUCAGUACAAAGCUGAGAAGUCGCAGAGUGAGCGAAGGUCGCCAGAAAGAAACCGGCGCUCCAAGGAGCCCAGGCACAAGGGGUACACCUAUGGAAGCCAUGGUGACAGGCACAGGAUGGACUGUUCUGGAGAACGGCGGGAUCGUGGAAAGAGCCCAGACAGGAGGAGGCAGGAAAGUAGCCGUCACAGAUCAGACUAUGACCGAGGCAGAACACCACCUCGCCACAGAAGUCGGGAGCGAAGCAGGGAAAGGCAUCGACACAGGGAGAGCAGACGGUCUGUGUCUUGUGAAAGGCAACACAGAAAAGACUCCAAGAGACCAAGGAGUCGUUCGAGCAGUCGGGAUAGGAAGCGGCCUCGCUGGGAAGAGGAGAGGGAGAGGGAGAGGGAGAGGGAGAGGGAGAGGAGGCCAGAGAGCCAGGGCUCAAGUAGAGAGAAGAACUACACUUCUGUGAAAAACAAAGAACCAGAAGAGAAUCAAGUAGAAAGAGCUGAAGAUGAUCGAGAAGAGGAAGAGCUUCUUAAGCCGGUGUGGAUUCGCUGUACCCAUGCUGAGAAUUACUACUCGAAUGACCCUAUGGAUCAAGUGGGUGACUCUACCAUUGUUGGCACAAGUAAACUGCGAGAUCUAUAUGACAGAUUUGAAGAGGAGUUGGUGAAGAGACAAGAAAGAGCCAAAGCAUCAAGACCUCAAUGGGAACCACCAAAGACCAAGUUAGAUGAUGAUCUAGAUGAGAGUUCAAGUGACUCUGAAUGCGAGUCGGAUGGAGGAAGCAGCUGCAGCAGCAGUAGUUCAGACUCGGACAUCUUCGAUGUCAUUGCAGAAAUCAAACGCAAAAAGGCACACCCGGACCGCCUGCAGGAGGAACUCUGGUACAAUGAUCGCGGCCAGAUGAAUGAUGGGCCAUUGUGCAAGUGCAGUGCCAAAGCCAGGCGGACUGGAAUCCGACACAGCAUUUAUCCAGGGGAAGAGCAUGUUAAAGCGUGUCGUCUAAUGACAAACAAUGCAGGAAGACUGUACCACUACAGAAUUACAGUGUCCCCACCUACCAACUUCUUAACUGACCGACCUACUGUAAUAGAAUAUGAUGAUCAUGAGUACAUCUUUGAAGGAUUCUCUUUGUUUUCACACACUCCGCUUACUAAUAUUCCAUUAUGCAGAGUGAUCCGUUUUAACAUAGAUUACACCAUUCAUUUUAUUGAAGAAAUGGCACCAGAGAAUUACUGUGUAAAAGGACUGGAGCUGUUUUCAUCUUAUUUAUUUAAAGAUAUCUUGGAGCUGUACGACUGGAAUCUUAAGGGGCCUGAAAGUGAGAGUGAUACUUCCAUUUGUCAAAAAUUUCAUUUUAUGCCUCGUUUUGUUAGAUUUCUUCCUGACGGUGGGAAGGAGGUGCUGUCCAUGCACCAGGUGCUCCUGUACAUGCUGCACAGCAACAAACCGCUGGUUCCUGAAGAAGAGAUUGCCAACAUGCUGCAGUGGGAGGAGUUGGAGUGGCAGAAAUAUGCAGAGGAAUGUAAAGGAAUGAUCGUCACCAGUCCUGGCAUGAAACCCAGCUCUGUUCGCAUUGACCAAUUGGACCGGGAGCAGUUUAACCCAGAUGUCAUUACCUUUCCUAUAAUUGUGCACUUUGGGAUAAGACCAGCGCAACUGAGCUAUGCCGGUGACCCACAGUACCAGAAGUUAUGGAAGAGCUAUGUGAAACUACGCCAUCUGCUGGCCAACAGUCCAAAAGUCAGACAAGUGGACAAACAGAAGCUAACACAAAGAGAGGAAGCUCUUCAGAAGAUCAGACAGAAAAACACGAUGCGACGAGAGGUGACUGUGGAACUGAGUAGCCAGGGGUUCUGGAAAACAGGCAUCCGAUCUGAUGUUUGCCAGCAUGCAAUGAUGUUACCGGUCCUUACACACCACAUUCGCUACCAUCAAUGCCUUAAGGAUUUGGACAAGUUGAUAGGAUACGUGUUCAAGGAGCGCUGUCUUCUGCAGCUGGCCAUGACCCAUCCAAGUCAUCACUUGAACUUUGGCAUGAACCCAGACCAUGCCAGAAACUCUCUUUCGAACUGUGGUAUUCGGCAGCCCAAGUAUGGAGAUAGAAAAGUCCAUCACAUGUACAUGAGAAAAAAAGGUAUAAACACAUUAAUAAAUAUAAUGUCGCGGCUUGGCCAGGAUGACCCAUCACCUUCUAGAAUAAAUCAUAAUGAGCGCCUGGAGUUUCUUGGUGAUGCCGUUGUGGAGUUCUUAACAAGUGUCCACCUCUAUUAUUUGUUUCCGAGCCUUGAAGAAGGAGGCUUAGCUACGUAUCGUACAGCUAUUGUUCAGAAUCAGCAUCUUGCCAUGCUCGCUAAGAAGCUGGAGCUGGACCGGUUCAUGCUUUACGCACAUGGACCUGAUCUGUGCCGAGAGUCUGAUCUGCGGCAUGCUAUGGCCAACUGCUUUGAAGCACUUAUAGGAGCAGUAUACUUGGAGGGUGGUUUAGAGGAGGCCAGACAGCUGUUUGGACGUUUGCUGUUUAAGAAUGAGGACCUGCGGGAAGUAUGGCUUAAUUACCCGCAACAUCCAUUGCAAGUGCAGGAGCCAAGCACUGAUAGACAACUUGUUGAGACCUCUCCAGUCUUACAAAAGCUGACGGAAUUUGAAGAAACAAUUGGAGUGCUUUUUACCCAUGUUCGUCUCUUGGCUCGCGCUUUCACGUUGCGUACAGUGGGAUUUAAUCAUCUGACGCUUGGCCACAAUCAGAGGAUGGAAUUCUUGGGUGACUCAAUAAUGCAAUUGGUUGCCACAGAGUACUUGUUCAUCCAUUUCCCAGACCAUCAUGAAGGGCAUUUAACGUUGCUGAGAAGUUCAUUGGUAAAUAACAGGACCCAAGCCAAAGUUGCAGAAGAAUUGGGCAUGCAGGAGUUUGCAAUCACAAAUGACAAAACAAAGAGACCAGUAGCUCUAAGGACAAAGACUCUAGCAGAUCUUUUAGAAUCUUUUAUUGCUGCACUGUACAUUGACAAGGACUUGGAGUAUGUGCAUACCUUCAUGAAUGUUUGUUUUUUCCCAAGGUUAAAGGAGUUCAUACUUAAUCAGGACUGGAAUGACCCCAAAUCCCAGCUCCAACAGUGUUGUUUGACCCUCAGAACGGAAGGAAAGGAACCAGAUAUUCCACUUUACAAGACUUUACAGACUGUGGGUCCAUCACAUGCUAGAACAUACACUGUUGCUGUUUACUUUAAAGGCGAAAGGAUUGGAUGUGGGAAAGGACCAAGUAUUCAGCAAGCAGAAAUGGGAGCUGCAAUGGAUGCCCUUGAAAAAUAUAACUUUCCCCAGAUGGCUCACCAGAAGCGUUUCAUUGAACGGAAGUACAGACAGGAGCUAAAAGAAAUGAGACGGGAACGGGAACGGCAAGAGUCUGAUGAGACUGAGGAGGUCCGGAAGUAAAGCAGUGAUAUGAAGGGGGAGCAGAAGGGUUCUGUACCUCUGCUGUUUUCUACCACCUUGCCCCCAGGGAGAGCUAACAUUCUUCUAGUAACAGGUGACAAGAUGUAGAGGAGGGUUUCCUGGCAACAGAGAAGCAUUAGGUUAGGGUUAGGGUUGGGAUAAAAUCAUGUUUUUUUUUAUCAUUGUAUUGUAUAUUUUAUUAUUAUUAUUAUUUGUUUAUUUAGGAAACGCCUUUAUCCAAGGCGACUUACAGAGACUAGGGUGUGUGAACUAUGCAUCAGCUGCAGCACUUACAAUUACGUCUCACCCGAAAGAUGGAGCACAAGGAGGUUAAGUGACUUGCUCAGGGUCACACAAUGAGUCAGUGGCUGAGGUGGGAUUUGAACCGGGGACCUCCUGGUUACAAGCCCUUUUCUUUAACCACUGGACCACACAGCCUCCUUAUUUUGUUUUGUUUUGUUUUUAAUUUGUCAAACAUAUUCUUAGUUGUGUAACUACUAUUUUAAAAAGAUCUGUACUUUUUUUAUUUCUAAGUAUCCACAUUUGUAAUACAAUACUGUACACAUGUUUGUUUUUAUAUUUUGUCUUUUAAAAAAAGAAAUAAAUAAUAAAAUCUCCAGUUUACUUGC